UUAUUGGAGAAUGAAUUGUAGUAGCGAUUUGGAUGGAAAAACAAGAAUAGAGUUGAUUCAUUCUAAAAUUUUAGAUGAAGUAAUACCAAAAGUGGGUAUGGAGUUUGAAACUGAAGAGGAAGCAUAUGAUUUUUAUAAUAGUUAUGCUUAUAAGGUUGGAUUUAGUAUUCGUAAAAGUAAAGGACAAAAGGAUAAUAAGAAUGGUAGAAUGAUAGAUAGAAUCUUUUGUUGUUCAUGCCAAGGUUACCGCGAGAAAGAUAAGCGAGAUGUGGAAGUAAUACGUCAUAGAGCAGAAACAAGAUUUGGUUGUUUAGCAAUGAUGAAAAUUUGCUCUCGACAAACUAAUCGAUAUCGUGUUGUUGAAUUUAUUGCUGAGCAUACUCAUGUUACAACUAGCCCUAGUAAGAGUCAUUUACAUAGAUCACAUCGACGAGUGACUGCAGUUCAAGCAGCUGAAAUAGAUAUGGCUGAUCGCUCAGGAAUUUCUCCUAAAGAAAGUUGUGAAUUGAUGGCAAGGAGAGCCGGUGGUCGAGAAAAUCUUGGUAUGAUUCCAGUUGAUUACAAGAAUUAUCUUCGAACAAAAAGAAUGACCCAAAUGAAAAUUGGAGAUACAGGCGGUGUUUUAGAGUACCUUCAAAGUAUGCAGAUACAAGAUCCAAACUUCUUUUAUGCUAUACAAGUGGAUGUGGAUGAUUUGAUCACAAAUAUUUUUUGGGCAGAUGCAAAGAUGAUACAAUCAUACUCUUAUUUUGGUGAUGUUGUAAGCUUUGAUACUACAUAUAAAAAAAAUCAAGAUGGGAGACCUUUUGCGAUGUUUCUUGGAGUUAAUAAUCAUAAACAAACAACUGUUUUUGGUGCUGCUCUCCUUUAUGAUGAAACUACUCAAACAUUUGAGUGGUUGUUUGAUACGUUUGCCACAGCAAUGUCGGGGAAGAAACCAAAGACGAUUCUUACUGAUCAAGAUGCCGCCAUGGCUGAAGCACUAGGUUCUCAAUGGCCACAAACAUAUCAUCGCUUGUGUAUUUGGCACAUAUAUCAAAAUGCAGCAAAGAAUCUUAGUACUGUAUUUGAACGAUUUCGAGAAUUUUCAAAAGAAUUUAGCAACUGCAUAUAUGAUUAUGAUGAAGAAAGUGAAUUUAUUGAGGCUUGGAAUAAGAUGCUAGCGAAAUAUGGUCUUGAAGAUAAUAAAUGGUUGAAAAAGAUGUACAAUUUAAGAGAAAAAUGGGCUUUGGUGUAUGGUAGAGAGACAUUUUGUGCUGAUAUGACAACUACCCAGAGAAGUGAGAGUAUGAACAAUGCAAUAAAAGGUUACGUAAGCUACAAACAUAACCUUUUACGGUUUUUUGAGAACUUUGAAAGAUUGCUUGAGAGUCGUCGCUAUGAAGAGUUGCAAGCUGAUUUUAGAGCAACCCAAACUAAAAUGAAAUUAUCAUUUGAAGUUGAAAUUUUAAAGCACGGGGCAAGCUUAUACACUCCAACAAUGACCAACAUGUUUCAAACUCAAGUAUGUGAAAGUUAUGAUUGUGCAAUGACUUUAUGUGGUGAGAAUGAGACAUUGUCAAAGUACAAAGUUGUCCCAGCAAAGAAAAGGUAUCUCCAUCAUACUGUUCACUUUGAUUCAACUGAUAAUACUGUGACAUGUUCUUGCAAAAAGUUUGAGUUUACAGGUAUAUUAUGCUCACAUGCUCUUAAAGUUUUGUCUGCAAAAAAUGUAAUGAAAAUUCCUCUCCAUUAUAUUUUGAAAAGAUGGACAAAAGAUGCAAAAUUUGGAGAUGAAUUAGAAAAUGAUGUGCAACAUGUAUACAAUAAAGAUCCUAAAGUCAACAUGGCAAAUCGUUAUCGAGAGAUUUGUAGAUUUAUAACUCAUAUAGCAACAAAGGCAUCCGGGGAUGAAAAAAACUAUGAUUAUGCUAUCAGUGGUUUUAGAAAUAUUUUGGAAGGUUUGAAAAAAAUUGAAAUUGGAAAUACUAGUUCAAAUGACCAAGUAUGUUCCCAAAAGAAUGAGAAUCAACUUUCUGGAAGAGAUGAAGAGAUCAACAAUAUCAAAGGAGUGAAAUUAAAAGGAAAAUUUCGUGGCAAAUCUACAAGACAUAAAAGUGCUCUUGAGAAAGCUACAAAAAAGAAAAAACAAGUAAAACACCAAAAGUUACCUACACAUGAGGGUAAUUUUAUUGGAAAUAAGCAAUUUACUUUUGAAGACUCCUUUACUCAAGCUUUGCCAAAUUUACAAUCACAUCUCUCAGUGCCAUUACACUACAACCAAUCCUUAUUUCAUGUUAACCAACAUGAGAGUGAGUUCACUCAUAAAGAUUCAAGUACAACAACCAGCAUGAUGGAAUUAUUACAACAGGUACAAUAUACCAAUCUUGAUUUGGUAAUUCAAUUCUUUAGUCACUUAUGUAUAUAAAUAUAAUUUUAAUUGUUUGUUUUAUGAUGUCUAGACACAUUCAUUCUCUACAAGAAACCAUAUCUAAACUUCAUCAACUUGAAAAUGAAAGACAAUAGGUAAUAUUUAUUUACAUAUAUGUAAUGGUAAUAUAUAUUUUAUAUGUUCUUAUUUAUUCUUUUUAACUUUGAAUAUUUAUGCAGCUUUUAAAGGUGCAAGUGGCAGCAUAUUGUAUUUCAAGAUUUGAUUAUAAAUUAAACACCCCUUAAAGUUGUGAAAGACUAGUUUGUUAAUGUAUUUUCUUCGGGUCUCGUUUUGUUUUUAGAGAUAUUAUUAGUUAUUUGUUAUUUUUUUUUUUGAAUAAAGAGAUAUUAUUAGUUAUUUAAAAUUAUUGGAUGAUGAUUAUUUAGUUUGUAUUGUUUGUAUUUAUUUAUUUUUCACAAACAAUGUAUUUACUCAUGAUAUUGCAAAAUUAUUAAGAUAGUGAUUAUUUAUCAAGUAAAAAAAAUUAUCACUAGUGAAAAAUGUGCAUUUCAAUCCUAAUAUAUUAUUUUAUGUAUUUUUUUUUUUUUUGAAAUAAGCCAUAGUUUUUUAAGUAUAAAAUUAUAUA